CAUUCCCCCGACCAAGCAUGCUCUCAGAGUUGAAGCAGAAGCCAUACUUCAUUCAUUCUUACAGUAGAAAAAGCUUCAUUAAAGAAUCCCAGCUUCCACGCGAAUUCGCAGAAAACCAAUUUCUGCUCUCUGAUGGCUUCCCUUUCCUCUCCUUCUUCCUCCAGUCCACUAAAGCACCAAGUUUUUUUGAGUUUCAGAGGCGAAGACACUCGCAAUAACUUCCUCGCUUACCUACAUCAAGCUUUGCAGCGGAAAGGAAUUGGAACUUAUAUUGAUUCCAAAGAAUUGCCAAGGGGAGAGGAAAUUUCUUCAGCGCUGUUAAACGCAAUCCAAGAGUCCACGAUUUCAGCGAUUGUUUUUUCUAAAAACUAUGCUUCUUCAUCAUGGUGCUUGGAAGAACUCUCCAAGAUAAUGGAAUUCAAGGAUACAAAGGGACUGCUCGUGGUGCCCAUUUUCUACCAUGUUGACCCAUCAGACGUACGGAAACAGACUGAGAGUUUUCAACAGGCUUUCGCUGAACAUGAAAAGAAUAGGAUAGACAAGGUCCAGAAGUGGAGACAUGCUCUGACUCAAGCUGGUAACUUAAGCGGCUUUCAUAUAAAAAAAGAUGAAUUUAGACAAUUCAUUUUCAUUUGCGGUUCAUUCUAUUUUGUUACCAUCCUCGCCUUUUGCUUAUUUGGUAGGCAUGAGCCCACAAUCAUUGAGGAAAUUGCUCAAGAUGUUCUAAAGAAGUUGAAUCGCAUGUCUGCAAGUGAUCGUGAGGGACUGAUUGGAAUAGGUCCUCAAAUGGAGCAAAUUAAAUCCUUGUUAUGCGUUGGUGAUAGGGAAAGCAUUCGUAUUAUAGGAAUUUGGGGGAUGGGUGGUAUAGGCAAAACAACUCUUGCUCAAGCUAUUUAUGAUGAGGUCCUUUCCCAGUUUGAAAGUUACUACUUCCUGGCAAAUGUUAGGGAAAAGUCAGAGGAAUCUGGUGGAAUCACUUCUCUACGUGAUAAACUUCUUUCUAAUAUUUUAGAAGAGAAAACCCUCCAUAUAAGUACUCCCAGAAUAGGAUCCACAUUCACCAUUUAUAGACUCCGUCGUAAGAGAGUUCUUGUUGUCCUUGAUGAUGUUAGUGAUGUUGAACAGCUAGAACAGUUAGCUAUCAGGCACGAUCACUUCGGUCCAGGAAGUAGAAUUAUUGUAACAACUAGGAAUAAACAAGUCCUCAAUGGAGCUGUUGAUGCAUCAUAUGAGGUUCAGGAAUUAAAUGACGAUGACUCUCUUCAGCUUUUCUCUCAGCAUGCCUUCAGGCAAAACCAUCGAGUCGAUGAUUUGCAGGAUCUAUCAAACGGAGUAUUGCAAUAUGCCAGAGGUUUUCCAUUAGCUCUCAAAGUAUUGGGUUCAGCAUUUUAUCGAAAGUGCAGAGUAUACCGGGAAAGUGAAAUGAAGAAAUUAAAGCAACAUCCCCACCCAAAAAUUCAAAAAAUUUUGAAGAUUAGUUAUGAUGGAUUAGAUGAAACAGAGAAGUGCAUACUUCUUGACAUUGCAUGCUUCUUUCAAGGGUAUAAUAGGGACGAUGUAAAAAAUAUAUUAGACAGUUGUUAUGGUGGUAGUUCUCUUGCUGGAACUACCAACCUCAUUGAUAGAAGCCUCUUAUAUGUUGCUGAGUAUAACACCCUUUGGAUGCAUGAUUUGCUACAAGAAAUGGGUAGGGAAGUUGUUCGUUCAGAAUCCAGCAAGCCUGAAGAACGUAGUAGAUUAUGGACUUCUAAAGAUGUGUCUGAAGUGCUCAAAAAAAAUUCGGGGACUAAAUCAAUUGAAGGAAUGUGCCUCAACAUGUCCAAUAUUGUUGAGCCAAUAAAGUUACGUGCUACGGCUUUUAAGAGAAUGAUUCAUCUUAAAUUUAUCAAGUUCUAUGACAGUAGUGAACACCGGCAUUCUAGAAAGCAAAAGAUUCUGCUUCCUGCACAACGUCUCAAAUCACUAUCCGAUAAGCUGACUUAUUUUCAUUGGGAGAAUUGCCCGUUGAAAUCUGUGCCAUCAAAUUUUUGUCCAGAGAAUCUUGUUCAAUUAAUAUUACCUGGGAGCGAUAUUGAACGACUUUGGAUUGGAGACCAGAAUCUUGUGAAUUUAAGAGUGUUUAAUCUAAGCAGGUCUAGAAAUUUAAUCAGGAUCCCAAAUCUCUCACAAGCCACAAACCUUGAAAAAUUAGACCUUUCUGAGUGCAAAAGUUUGGUUGAACUUCCGUGCCUGAAUCACUUGGAAUCUCUCGAAAUGCUUGAGCUAUGGGGGUGUAGUAAUCUCAAGAAAUUUCCUGAGGUCCGGUGUCAUUUAGAUUCGUUAGAUUUAAUUGAUACUGGGAUAGAAGAAGUGCCUGAUUCGGUUGAGCAUCUCGUCCAACUUAGAGAGUUGAACUUGGGUCGCUCAAAGGUUAAAAAUGUUUCCAGCAAUAUCUAUAAGCUGGGCUCUUUGAGAGCUCUAAGUCUCAGGGAUUGCCCAAUCGCCGAAUUCCCACAAGUUCCAAGGAACUUAUCGAGCUUAAUGUUGCUGCAAUUAGAUUUAAGUGGCACACGGAUUCAAAAUAUACCGAGCGGUAUCGUUAAAAGCCUUAAAGGCCUUGGUGUGAGGACUUGCAAAUACCUUAAAUCAUUGCCAGAGCUUCCACCGAGUCUAAGAUAUAUUGCUGCCGAAGGCUGCAUAUCAUUAGAAGAAGUAUCGUUCGCAGAUCACAAUCAAACUAGAUUCGUUGGGAGCUGUCAGCGGAACGAGUUUGAUGAUCACUUCAACUUUGGUCAUUGCUUCAACCUGAAUCAUAAUGCAAUCAACAACAUUGUAGCUUAUGAACUGCUCAGAAUUCACUGCUUGGCAAAGCAAUUUGCAAAGGAGUUUCCUUGUGGAUCAGGAGAGCUAUAUUGUUAUUUUCCUGGAAGUGAAAUACCAGAAAGGUUUGAGCAUCAGAGCCCAAAUUCUUCCAUUACUGUCAAGCUACAUCCAAAUAGGUGUCGUAGGAGAUUCUUGUGUUUUGCUAUAUGCUUUGUGGUUCACUGUACUGAUGAAAAGUACCAGACCUUCUAUUUGGACGGCGAAUGCAAACUUAAAAGCAUAGACGAUGAUGAUGAUCGUAGUUUCCUAAUUAGGUGCUCAGGGAUUUGUGAUGAUCCGGUAGAUUUGCAGCACCCAGAUCUCGUGUUUAUUGGUUUUGGUGACAGGUUAAUGUUUUUGGAAGACAAGCUAUAUGAGGAGGCAUCAUUUGAUUUCUACAGGGUGCGUGAUAUAUUAUACAGAUCUAGAGAUAUUGAUAGCGUAGUGAAGAAAUUUGGUGUCCAUGUAUUCUACAAGGAUGCAGACUCGAAGCGCAAAAGAAGUUUAAGCAUUGGCAAUGAAGAUGAACCAGAGCCUAAACGUUUCAAAGGUGAAGCGGAAGACUUUAGCUCAGAGGGUGAAGAACCGGAGGAUAGAUGAGUGGAACCUUAUUAAUUUCUUUUGAUUCAAGUGUCUGCUUUCCAGGAGAGGCGUGUUCUCAACGAUGUCUUACUUUAUUUGAUCCAUUAAAAAAAGUUUCCCCUUUGCCCUCC